CCAAGUCAUGAAACAUUUCCGUUGUUAUAAAAUGUGACUCGUAAUCUCGCGAGAAGUCGGUCAACUCCACUGUCAGAUCUCUAAUGCCGAAGAAGUGACUGUGUGACUGCGUAAACAUGCUCAAAGCAAUAAACAAGACAAAUCUGAGGCAGCUGUCUGGUCUGAUUCAGAGGUUUCAGAGCACUCUGGUUGUGGCCGAACACAACAAUGGCAUGCUGACACCCAUCACCCUGAACGCCAUCUCCGCUGCCAAAAAAGUGGGCAGUGAAGUGUCCUGUUUGGUUGCUGGAACGGACUGUGCAAAGGUUGCAGAACAGCUGUCCAAAGUUCAAGGGGUGAAGAAAGUUCUGGUUGCUCAGCAUGAAUCCUACAAGGGGUUAUUGCCAGAGGAGCUUACACCACUCAUCUUGGCAACCCAGAAACAGUUCAGUUUCACACACAUCUGUGCAGGAGCCUCUGCUUUCGGAAAGAAUCUCCUUCCGAGAGUGGCAGCCAAAUUGGACGUGGCUCCAAUUUCAGACAUCAUUGAGAUCAAAUCCCCAGACACUUUCGUGAGGACCAUUUAUGCCGGAAAUGCCCUCAGCACAGUCAAGUGCAAUGAAAGCGUCAAGAUCUUUACCGUUCGAGGGACCUCCUUUGAGCCCGCCACCAUUGAAGGAGGCAGUGCCACUUUAGAAGAAG